CUCUGCAGUGAGUCCCAUGGUUAUACAAAUGGCAGGGCUGGCAAUCUAGUUUCGCGUUAUAAGCCAAGAUCCCGAGGCUGGUAGCUCACAGCACUCGUCGUUCUUAUUCAGCGCAACAAUUGAGACCUUUUUCCAACAUCGAAAUCAUGAAGCUCUUCGGUUCUGGAAUUUCCGCGGUCGCAGUGGCGACUCAAUUGAUGGGCGUCAGCGGAUCCCCAACAAGCAAUGGAGGCGCUGACACUUCCAACAACGUCCUGCUUGCGGCCGGACAAUGUGCAGUACCGAACCGACAGCGACCUGCGUUGGUGCUCGAGCACAAUUUUGCCGAUCCGUCUCUCGUCUAUGAUCCCAUCGACUGCAGCUAUUAUUCAUUCUCAACCGCAAACGGCAAAUACAGCGUGCAGAUGGCCAAAAGAAACGAUGCCACAUUGAAGUGGGACAUUUUGGACAUCGACGCAUUUCCGAAUCUUGGCGCCUGGGCGGCCAACGGCAACAUUUGGGCCCCGGAUGUACAGAGGAUUGGUGACAACUCCUGGGCCAUGUACUACAGUGCUCCAAGCAGGAAUGACCACCCUGAAGGGCAAGGCAGGCGAUGUGUUGGUGUAGCCAUGGCCAAGUCUGUGCGCGGCCCGUUCACAGGACUUCCCGAUCCUCUGGGAUGCUGGCCGGCCCAAGGCGGUUCCAUUGACGCGGCCGGGUUUUACGACCCAAAGACAAACACACGCUGGGUGACAUACAAGAUCGACGGCAACGCUGUAGGACCAUCUGGUGGCCCUUGUGGUAAUGAGCCAAGCAAUGGACAGCAGCCUCAAUCAACACCCAUCAUGCUGCAACAGGUUGGUCUAGACGGUUUCACCAAAAUUGGUCAGCCCACCCAGAUCCUCGAUCGUAGCCAGUACGACGGACCCCUCAUCGAAGCACCUCAGAUCGUCUACGAGGGCGGCCUGUACAUCUUGUUCUUCAGCUCCAACUGUUACUCGACAAAAUGGUACGAUGUGUCUUAUGCCACAGCCACAUCUGUGAAGGGACCAUACACGAAGGCGGCAGUGCCACUCCUACAGUCUCCUGAUUUUGCAGGCCUCGUAGGCCCCGGAGGCGCCUCCAGUAAUGGGGCUGGAUACCUGGUCUGGCAUUCGUGGUCUGGACAGAGCGGAAACAGUGGCACAGGAUCGCGUUACAUGUGGGAGGGUAACUACCGAGUCCAGAAUGGUGUUUUGUCGAUGGUUGGACGAUGAAUGCUGAGGUUUCUGGCUUGGUCGAAACGGCGAAUUCCUCGUGUCGAGGUGUCUGUGAUUCCCUUUCACUUUUAGAUUGCACAUGACGGAUCGAUGACAACAAAGUUCAGCUUCAAUCGAGCCGCUGCGACAGAAAGCUCAAGUAUUGCUGAUCGCAUUUUCGGGGCCGACUG